AUGGCUGCAAACUCAAGGACACUUGAAGUAAUCAUUCAACCACAGGUACCUGUCUUCAAGGGAGAGUCUUAUGAAUUCUGGAGCAUCAAGAUGAAGACAUUUUUGACAUCUCAAGGUCUCUUGGACUUUGUGAAAUUAGCAGAUUACGUCGAAUCAACUAGUCAAAAUGAAAGUGAGAGGCAAGAUGCAAAAGCGCUAUUAUUCAUUCAACAAGCAGUAGAUGAAUCGAUUUUCUCGAAAAUAGCCGAGGCCACUUCGGCCAAACAAGCAUGGUCACUCCUAAGAACUAUAUACGGAGGAAAGGGACAGACAGUAGAGGAAAUGGCAAAUACAGAUGUGGCGCUUGGAGAUGCAGCUAUCACCGUCCAACGCCUGCUUUAUUCAUUAGAUAAAGAAAAAAAGAACACCAAAAAAUGUGAAUCAUUUAUUUACAUGGCUCCUAGUAUUCUUAGAGAUCACAACCCGGAGGCUUUCAAGCCUCGAUUAGUCUCUAUCGGACCUCUGCAUAAAAAUGGUAAGAACUUACAGUCAAAUGAAAGACAAAAAGCCACUCAUAUGCUUAGUCUAUUGAGCCAUAGUGAGGUUACAUUGAAUGAAUGUGAUGUUAUAUUGAAAGAUUGUGUGGAUAAGAUAAAUGCCAAAAUAGACGAAAUCAGGUCUUACUACGCAGGGACAUUGAGCUACAGUAAUGCGGAACUUGCAGAGAUGAUGGUGCUGGAUGGUUGUUACAUACUUGAAUUCUUGUACAAGUUUUUUAAAGGAGAAGAGUCAAAAUGGGGAAGCCCGCUGGUUGUCGAAUCUACCUUUUAUGACUUCAUUCUGCUAGAAAACCAAAUCCCAUACUUUGUUCUUGAAAUAAUCUUUGAGUGUACUAUUUCUAGAUUUGAUGAAGCAGCCUCCCUAAAUAAGCUUAUCGAUCAAGUUUUGGAUUUUGUUGACCCCUUUACAAAUCACAAAAUUAACAUUGAUCAAAUUACAACUCGUCGUCACAUCCUUGACCUUCUGCAUGAAUCUUACCAGUACAAAGAUGCUAUAUCAUCAAAGUUUUCAGAAUCAAGAAUCCCCACAGCAGUGGAACUUGACAGGGCAGGGGUGAACUUUAAGCCUCUCCGUGAUACAAAAUGGCCAUUGGUGAUGGAAGUGAAGACGCGAAGGCUCCCAUGCUGUCAUUGGUGCGCUUGGGGUAAGCCUACUCUCAUAAUGCCUCUAUUAGAAAUUGACGAUUUCACUGAGUUAGUUUUCAGGAACCUCAUUGCAUAUGAGCAGUCCUCUCAAAACGUUCCUCGGUGUGUUUCAUCAUAUGCCGUUGCCAUGGAUAUGCUAAUCGAUACCGAAGUAGACGUUGACACGUUGGUAAAGUCAAAAGUCAUAGUCAACCAUAUAGGCUCGAACAAAGACGCUGCAGAUAUGAUAAAUAACAUAUGCAUAGAUGUUACUUGGACUGAAUUUUUUUACAGGGACCAGUAUGUAGAACUGAAUCGUAUCUACCGUGGUUACUGGUCCAGGAAUAUCGCGGCACUGAAGCGUACUUAUUUCAAUAAUCCAUGGAACGGCAUUGCUCUAUUUGCUGGUGUCCUCCUGUUUGGUCUUACCGUGGUUCAGACAAUUUAUACCAUUCAUCCUGCCAAUUAA